GAGACGCAAGAGAGAAAUGGAAAAAUCGCGGCGGACAUUUUGAAGGCAAAAGUGAAUUUGAAGGAAAUUUUGCUGCGCUCGCAGCCAAGUGAAUAUACGCCAAAACUGGAAUAAUUAAUCGUAAAUCGAUGCCGGAAAGUGCGACGAACGUGCGGUGCAUAUUAUUUCGUUCGGAAGUGCAGUAUUUAGGAUGAAAUCUUGAGCGCAAAAAAACACCAGAAGUGGCCCGUGUCGCGGAUUCAGUCGACGACGCAGAGGGUUUUUUUUUCUUCUCAUCUUCAUUCGCGCCCCGCACUGUCGUGAGUGUAUUGUGUGUGGUACAAAGUAUUCCUCGGUCAGCUCAAUCAAUCAAAUCGUGAGCAGGAAAAAAGACUAUCGGAAACAGGACAACGAAGUAAGGCGACCGUGUGAGUCAGCCUUGCUUUAGAAGGGCGUCGGGUCAGCAAUCCUGUCAUCCAAACCGGAAGGUGCCCCCUAACCAGUGCCAGUGAGCCGACUGUUUCUUACAUCGGGCGGCACUAGCGAAAGAUCACUCUUUAGAUGGGAACAGAUUUGCUUACAUGAGGCAGAAACAACUGUGGACGAAUGAAAUACCGACGCAGACAGCGCGUCACCUAAGCAAAAGAUCAACCAUCUUGUGAGUUCGUUUCAAUUUGAUUCCUUUUAUCUAAAAUGGAUCCAGCAGGUCCAUGGUCGUACUCAUAUAAUCGACAGCCGGGCACGAGUGGCGAGUUUCAUCACCAUCUAGCGACGGCUGCCGCAGCCGGUGGUAUCGGACUGGCUGCCCACAAUACGGCCGUUGGUGUGCCAUCGACAACAUCUCAGUUGCUGCUGCAGGCAGCUCACACAACAUCUCUUGGGACCUCCUCAGGUCCCUUCAAUCCACCUGGUUUUCUGUCACCGCCAGGGGUCAGUUAUGAUGCCGUGUUUACACCCUUAUUCCACCCUGCUGCAAACCCAAAGCCAGCCCACUACAGUUCGACCAUCAAUCAACAUCGGGUACUGGCUCAAGCGCAGGCACAGGCAGCAGUGAAACAAGCAAGCGAUUCCGAAGUAUUACGGGAUAACUAUACCACCCAUCAAACGCUAGCCGCUGCAGCUCAAGCCGCCAACUUUUUCGAGCAACAACAGCAGCAGCAGCAGCAACAACAGCAGACUUCUAACGCCAGUGCCGGAAGUAGUGGAUCAACGUCAACCAGUGGUUCCUGGCAAGGAAACAAUCAACUUCCGAGCCCCUUUGGUAUCAUGCCCCACGAGAAUGUCGUCCAGUCGAGCCCGGUCUCGUCGGCAUCGUCAAAACCCACUACAUCAACGUAUGAAAAUUUCAACGCACAUUUCAACUUGAACCAACAGCUUAACUCACAGCUGGCCAGCAAGGCUGCAGUCCGAUCUGCAUCUCCAGCGGUCAACAGUGGAAGUAGCAGUGCAGGUUCAUCAAAAACCACCACAAAUUACUUUGCAUCGACAAACUCCAGUAGCAAUACGCAACAGUAUGGUGGAGUAAAUGAAUCUCUAUCAAACUAUUCCAACCAGCAGCAACAAUCCAGCAAACAGCAGCUGGAAUACGGUAGUGCUAGUAAGUCAUUGUCGUCCAGUUCGACCGGCACCGGCGGUAGUUCGUCUUCGCUUCAGCAGACAUCUUCACCUUCUUGCAUUGUUAUUACUCCAGUUUCUACCCCUGCUAUCAUUGCCUCUUCACCCUCAUCCCAAUCAUCCCCCUCAUCUUUCGUAACAGCGAAUGCGAAAGACUACAAGUACCAGUCUCGUAUCAUACCAUCCCAAACACCCCUCGUUAACUCCUCGAUUGUCUAUGCGUCUCGUAACCACAACGCCCAUCAAGCAGCAGCCAAUAGUAUGAUUGAUCAAAAAACCCGAUUGUUAUCGCCAGGUCUUCAUACACAACCUGUAAACCACCAACAGCUGCAGCAAGCUCAACAGCAGCAGCAGCAGCAACAACAACAACAGCUUCAGCAAUCACACCACCAUUUGCUGCAGAUGAAUAGUUUCAUCAUACCUCCGCCUACUGUGUCUCCCCAGUCUCCAGUGCACAGUAGUAGCAAAAUUGUACAUAAAAAUUCAUCCCAUACAAAAGGAGGAGGCGGUGGUUCUACGGCUACGAUAAAAUCCGAUGGUCAGCAUAUAGUGAUCAGCCAUCAACCGCAGUCAUCGCCGAUCAGCUACUCAAUCACCGAUAACAAUGGACGGGCAAGCAGCUCCUCUGCUUCCUCGUCCUCUUCUUCGGUCGUAGCAACUACGACGUCUAAAUUAAAUAGUCCUAUUAAUCGUGUCAAUAACGGUAGUAGUAGUAGUAGUAGUAUUUCUAGGAGUAACAGUAACAGUAGUAGUAAUCAGCAGCAAUAUCAACAAAACAGUGCCUCUAAUAGCUAUAGAAGUAAUUAUAAUCAAAUGAAUGUAUCUGGUAGCAGCACUGAGUCCGUCGAUUUCGUCCACGCAAAGCGUGAAUCCCAACAGGCGCAGCUACAGCAGCAGUAUUCAAACGGUCCCAUUGCAUCACUAACUCGCCAUCUUGUGCCGCCUUCCUCACCGGCCGCUUCCGACUAUAGUAGCUCUUCUGGGACCUUGCAAAGGCGUCCACUGUCACCGACCCAUUCCCACUCUCAAGUGUCCCCCAUCAGUCCGGCCUAUUCCAUGUACAAUAGCCCAAUGAGCAAUACGCUUUCGUCUCCGCAGCACCACAGUACACAGCAAACACAGUCUUCCCUGCAACCGGCGACGGCACGAUCGCCCUCUAGCAAUCUUUCCCGACCGUCUCAAUCCCAACAGCAGCAACAACAACAACAGUCACACGCACCGCAGCAGGUUGCCUAUCCAUCGGUUAUUAUUCGUACCCAGCAACAGCAGCAACAACAACAACAAACAGCCCCAGCACAACCGUUGUCGGGUUCGAUUCAGGUACCCUCGCUUAGUCACUGGGACCAUCGUAGUACAAAUGAGCGAUCACAACCAGAGCGAAAUGAUCCGAUGACGAUAGUACGGAAUUUGCAGCAGCCAAGUAUUAUUUCUCCACCACCGGAACGGCAGUCUACCCCACUGACAACCCCCGAAAAGACUGAAUCCAAAUCGAGACGGAAAAAAUCCGAUACGCCAACACGAAUUGUACCGGCGGCGAGUGUCGCCAACGGAGACUUUGGAGCAAAUUCCACUACGACUGCUAGUGCGAUGGGUGCCACAGGGGGUGCUGGUGGCUUGAAAGAUCCCUCCCAGAAUGGUGGGAACACGUUGGAUUUUGACCGAUGGAACUUAGCUGCUGCCUCUGCGGGAGCCGCUAAAAUGUUUGCUAGUGGUAACUUUAUGUCCCAAUCCCCUUCGUCCUCUUUUAUUCCUCCUCCUCAUCCGAUCUAUUACCCUACGUUCCAUGGUCCCAUCCCACUGAUACCCAACGAGAUUAUAAACAGCACGCUGGCAGCAGCCGCUGCUGGAACUAAUCUCGAAAUUCCAACCUACACCACCUUACUUAGUGCGUCCGAUAAUGUCCAUCCGACUUCAGCGGGGAAUGAUGGUCGCGGCAGCGAAGACGAACAACCUUCCGCGAAUGCUGCCAACAGCAAUAAGGUUGUUGUCCCAAAUAUAGAGGAAGAACUUGGAUUUCUUGCAGAAAACACGAGGCAACCUCAGCAGCAACAACAACAACAGCAGCAACAGCAGCAUCAACAACAAUCACAGCAGCAGCAUCCACAGCAGCAGGGUGUUCACCCCGACGGUGCUACAGGAACAACUGGAAACAAUGGCACGACACCAGCCAAAAAGUUUAAUGUUCCGACAAAGGAUAGCAAGGGAUUUAUGGGCAGCUACCUAAAGUUUUUGCAGGGCGAACGAGACACUUCGCCACCACCGGCUACGAGAAGCAAUCGAAAGACAACUUGGACACGGCCGGCUGGGAAUGCUGGUAAUGCAGCAAACAAGAACACGGCUGCCGGUAAUGCUGCCAAUAAGACUGCUGUUGCCAAUCAACAGCAGCAGCAGCAACAACAACAACAACAGCAGCAACAAUCACAAACGGCACAAGCUCAGCCCACGCAAGCAGUAGGCGCAGAUGUUAGUAAUGGUAUCUUUCAAGCUGAACAAUACAUGUCUAAUUUCCAUAUUCCACAUCUGCAGCACAAGCAGCCGGACAGCCAACAGCAGCAGCAGCAACCGCAGCAGUUACAUCCACUACAGCAACAACCGGAUCCACGAUAUUCGGCCUACCCGGUAACAAAGGAUAACCGAAAGCGCAAAUACGACUCUGAAGUACACAUACCCCAUCUACCGGCCGCCGAUCCACUUAACGUUCCUCAACGUCGUCAGACUUCGAACCGCAAGGCAAAAGCCAAAGCCUCCAACAUACAGCAAAUGAUUGAGCGCGGCCAUGGUACCGCUGGACUAGAGGAACCGGCGGAUUUCGCAUCCGACUCCGACUCCGAUCCUGCCUGGACGCCUCAAGACAAAGAGGAUGACGACGAUGAACAGGAUAUGAUGGGACCUAAGAAAACUAAAAAGCCCAAAAGUGUCGUUGGAAGUCCACGUGGCAAGCAACGACCGCGUUCGAAUAUCCUGUCAGUGGCCGCUGCCGGUGCCGGUAUUGCAGAUUUCGACUACGGUAGCGAAGAGGAUAGUACUUUGACCCGAGGAGGUACCUCCCAAAGUAUCGUCAGUUCACCACAGCAUCAACAGCACCAGACGAUACAACAGCAGCCUAUACUUCAGCAGCAGAUUCAACAGCAACAAUUACUACAACAGCAGCAGCAACAACAACAACAGCAGCAGCAGCAACAACAACAACAGCAACAGAUGUAUCAACAGACAACGGCCCUCCCGAGUAAUCAGAUUAUGCAAAACCAGUAUAUUCAACAACAGCAGCAGCAACAACAACAGCAGCAGCAGCAACAACCGAUACAGCAGUACAAUCCAGGGUCUAUGGUCAACCAGCAGCAGCAGCAGCAACAACAACAGCAGCAACAGCAAACAACUUCCAGUAACGAUGAUUUUCAGACUGGUGAUUUUGUUGUGAUUCGAUCAGAGCUGGUACAAGAUUACCCCUCGAUCUGGCGAGUAGAUGGUAAAACUUUGCUACAAAAAUAUGAACCUUUUGACCAAAACGGAAAAACGCUCCAUCGUAACGUAUCGACGUACGCCGCUUGGAACGCCGAAAGCAAGAAGCUGUACGUUAAAAUUCCGGUCCGCUUCCGGGUGCACAACCACAUGGAAUCCGUGGUCGAGUUUAUGCGCAACGAGAUGUCGAUCGACGAUACGGAACAGUUUCUCGAGAAGUCAAUGAACGAAACCAAGGUCUACCAGGACGUAUUCGAGGUGUACAUCCAGACGUUGAUUUCGCAGGCUUUGGAUUCGAAUUUCCUGAAGGAAAUCUUCCAGGAGCAAGAUGACUACUUCCUAUCGCGAGUGCAGACGAUCGACAGUCUGACGGACGACCGGAAGCGACGGUUGAUCCAGAUCACACCGUGGUCGCGGAACAUGAUCACCUCGAUUGCGACGUUCCCCGCGUACGACAUCAUGACCGAGCUGGGCCACACGAACAUGAAUCAUCCGGUGUGUGUCGCGUGUCAUCAGCCGGGCAUCUCGGUGCGCAUUGUGCUACAGGGUCAAACGUACAACACGGCCACACUGGCUCCGUGUCAGAUUCAGGACACGCGCAUCCAGUAUGAGAAAAACUUUCUGCUCUGUCGCAUUUGCUCGUCGCGGUUUGAGCUCCUGCACAAGAUUUGCCACCAGAAGUACAUGAUGUUUGUGGAGUGCGCCAAGCGUGUCAAUCAGCAAAUUUCGAAUGAUUCCUCCAAAGCAGCUACCAUCAUUCUGAAUGAAUUGCUGGCCGAUGAACAUUGGCUGACGAUGCUGUUCAAAGAAGUACGCGGCAUUUGGGCGGAAAUUGAAAACAUGGAACGCCAGUAUCGAUUUCAAGUUGCAUCGCAAUGAGGAAGGGACAAAACGGCAAUAAAACCGGCAUAGUAUCAGCAGAGAAAGGUAACCAUUUCUUAAAUAACAACAGAGAUCAGAGACAAGUAAUUCGCGUGACGUGAGUCAUCCAAGAUGAGCAAACACACAGAAUGAACAAAAAACAAUAUUAUUUUAGUAGAGUUUGACCAGAGAAACCCGCAAAACGUAUAUUUGACGAACAAAUUGCUUGCUGGAAAGCAAAACCACUAUACACAUAACUUAAUAUUAAUUUUCACACCCGCUACUACGGAGCAGCAGAUAGUUAUCCCACUAGUAACUGAAACAACUGUAGUAUUUCCAUAAUCAAACAACAA